AUGACUUUUCCCACGAGUGGGCUUGUCGUCUUCAGUGCAUUGCUCGCUGCAGAGGUCUUAAUAACAGAAGCUGAAUUCAAUUCAAAAUUUUUGAAUUUCAUUGAACACAUCAAUAAAGUGCAAAAAUUUGAAAGUGUUUUUCUUCUUAAAUCCUCUCAGAAACCUUAUUUUGAUGACGAAUUCAUCCGAAAUAUUACAACUUCAGUUGAUAUUCCAGUAAUUCUAUCAACUGAAACUUCUUCAUUUUACUUAAGGGAAUUCUUCAAUGAUAAUAUUUUGACAAUAGUUCAAUUUGAGGGAAAUGAUUUACUUCUUCAACGACUAGCUGAAUAUCUUCAACACCUUCGAUUCUGUAAAACAAUUUUCACCCUCGGGAGUUCUUCAAGAAAUGAUUUGGAACUGGGAAGAGUUUUCAAUUCCUGCUGGAAGAAUAGAAUGAUCAAUGUGUUAGCAGUUUUUCAAGAUUUCUCCACUUCUUCAGCUUUCUUCAGCUACAAUAAUAUCGCAAAUUUUACAAUUGAAGAAUUCAUCUGGAAAAAGAAGAAGAAUUCUAAUGUUUUUCCAAAUCGAAUGAGGAACCUUCAAGGCACAUUUUUGCCAGUUGUUUUCGGAGGAGCAGAACCAGCAACAAUCAUUUCAGAAAAUUCUAGCGGUGAUACAAUUGUUGGAGGCUAUUUAGGGGACUUCUUCAAGUCUUUUGCUAAGAAACACAACGCCCGUUUGAACACUUCGAGUGCAAAAACUUCAGUAUCGUCUUUUAACAUACAUAAACGUAUUUUAAAUGGAACAGUUGAAAUAUCAGGUGGAAGUAUGAUACUUCUACAAGAUUCAUUUAAAUGGUUUUCAUAUCCUUACAUUGUUUGCGAUUGGGGUGUAAUGUUGCCCAUUGAACAGAGUAUACCCAUUUACAAAGUGUUUGCAUUUGUUUUUCAUUGGGAAGCAUUUGUUUUGACAAUAAUCGUACUGAUAUCGCUAUCUAGUUCGCUUGCAAUAGCUGCUAAAUUCACAGGAUCAAGUCGAAAUUUAGUUUUACGUGAUUUAUUCUUCAACAUUGAUCCUUUUCGUGGAAUGUUAGGACAGUCAAUUUCUGAAGAACCUAGAGCUCCUUUGAGUCUAAAAAUCUUAUACACACUGAUAUUUUUGUUCGGAAUCAUGAUUGUAACUUCAUACGAUGCAUUUCUUCAGUCAUUCAUGACCGAACCUCCAAGAGGAAAAAUGAUAAAAUCUUUCGAUGAUCUAAAAAAAUCAGGCUUAAAAAUCUACGCCGAUCAAGGUGAUAUCGAUGAGUUGCUAAACAAAAUUAGACCUGAUUUUAUGAAAAAAUAUUCAAAUUUAUUUCAAGGUGAAACGAAUUUCUCAAUUUUUACCAGUUUUCGAGAUACUUUAAAUACUAAAAAUGCCUUUACUGUUAUUCAACCAAAAUGGAAUUUCUAUGAAAAUCAACAAAAUUUCUUUGGACAACAAUUAUUUCGAUGGUCAAAAGAGUUGACUUUAUUGAAAAAUAUUCUAUCACCAAUUUCUAUUAAUGAAAAUUCAAUUUAUAGAAAAAUUUUGAAUUUAUAUGUUUUGGAAACACAAUCAAGUGGUUUGAUGGAACAAUGGCAGAAGAGGUCAUUUUAUGAAUUAGUUGAACUUGGAAGGAUUAAAAAGUUAGAUGUUGAAUAUAAGGCAAAGUUUAAACAAAUGAAAGUUGAAGAUUUAAAAUGGAUUUGGAUAAUGAUUGGAUUGGCGUUUGGUGUUGCUUUAAUGUGUUUGGUGGGAGAAAUUUGUAUUGUUAGACUGAAAAAUAAAUAA